GCCACGCCGUCAUGUCCUCGGCCGCCACCACUUGCGCAGCGGACGUUUCCGUUGCCGCCAAACGUAUCCAGACGAUUCAUAAACACGCCAGUGACGUGACCAAAUGUUGUUUUUCCAAACGAUUUCAUCUGGCCAUCGGGUCAAGUGACCGGACGGUGAGCGUGUGGAAAUGGCGGUCCGGCCGCGGUUUCGAGGAAAAAUCUUAUUCACCACUGACCCACCAUAAGUACAUGGUGACUUGUGUACAAUUUAACGAAGAUGCUACCAUUUUGGUAACGUCGUCCUUAGAUGGUAGCACUACGCUGUGCGAUGUCGAAACAGGGAAAAUUGUGCACACAUUUGUUCAAAACAGUUGCGGUGGUAUAAGAUCGUCGUGUUUUGUGAGAAAUUAUAAAUAUUUUGUAUCUGCUGGUGACAAUGGAACCAUGUGCGUGUGGGACAUGUUUAGACGAGUUCUGGUCAGGACAGUUACGGCGCACGAAGAAGCUAUUUCGAUGGUAUGUUGUUCUAUAGACUCGAGAAUAAUGUUGACGGGUGACACAACGGGGGUGGCCAAAGUGUGGUCAGUCUCCGAGCUGACCGAUACUUGCGGAAAAACUACUCCUUUAAACAUAUUAUUUGACUGCCACGAUAUGGGUGUGAAUUCUGCCGACAUAUCAACUGUCACUACAAUAACAAAUAAGGGUAAAGUGUACAGUAUACUGACAUGCGGUAACGACAACUUGGUGAAAAUCUGGCAACUGACUCUGUGGAAGAAAAAUGCAGGUUCUCAUCAGUGUGCUGUCAUAAUGGUUCAGUCGUUAAAAGGCCAUUCAUCAAUAGUGACCAGUGUGUGUUUUUGCGGCGCUGACGCCACGCUGUUCGCUUCUACUUCAAUGGACAAGACUACAAGGAUUUGGAGGAUGGUCGAGAAAAACAAUGCAGUUUGCUUACAAGUACUGGAAGGACACACCCGUUAUGUUAACACUUGUGGAUUCUCUCAAGACGGUUUACUGUUUGCGACUGGGUCCAAUGACAAGUCAGUAAUUGUCUGGGACGUGAAAGGCCACUUCGAUUUGAACGUAAAAUUACACGACUCGUCCGAGGACUUAAAAUCUACAGUGAACGUUAGAAGAGACAUUCAAGUAGAAGUAUCUCUGAGGGAAAAAGUAAUGUUUACAAAUGCGGUGAAUUCGUGUGACUUUAGCAACGAAUGUAAAUACCUCGUAGCAGCCGGCAGCGAUAAAACCAUCAGGGUUUGGAAUUUCGACGAAAACGGACGUUUUGAAGAGUGCAAAGACUCGCCGUUGUAUGCUCACCAUUAUUCGGUGCAACAUAUGGUCAUCUCUCCGUGCUCGUUGUACAUGGCGUCCUGUUCGUUGGAUGGAAUGACUGUUAUCUGGGAUCUUAAUACUCUAAAACAGAAAGGUUCGUUACACACUGAAUACGGCGGGGCCCGAUCCUGUUCGUUUUCUAGCAACUCCGAAUUAAUCGCAGUCGCUUGCGACAACGAAAUCAUAUUCGUGUGGAAAAUUGAAACGUUACAGCUUGUCGCGAAGUUGUCCGGGAAUGACGAAGACGUCACUUGUGUUUCGUUUAGUCCAGAUUCUCGUUAUUUAAUGUCCGGUUGUGUGGAAGGGCACUUCCGAAUUUGGUCAGUUCAUCCUAAAAAGCAUAUAAUAUCUGAAACAAGUACAAUUGUCUAUGAUAAAGCGCACGAAAUUGGAAUAACCUGUGCCCAUUUCGCGUUCAAGAAUCCGUCUAGAAAACCACGAUCGAUAUUGAUGUUGACGGGUGGCAAUGAUGCCAUGGUAAAAACCUGGAAGCUACUGGAUGACCGAAUCGAUUUCAAAAUGAAGUUUGUUGGUCACGGUAGUGACAUAACAUGCGUAAAAUUCCCACGGCAUAUUACUACGUUCUUGGCAUCUACUUCACUGGAUAAGACAGCUCGAAUAUGGCAAACGAAAACUGGAGAUUGUCUGCAUGUUAUCGAUCCUAAAGAUGCUAUUCUCACUUGUUGCUCAUUUUCAUCAAAUAAUAAAAUACUAGCUACAGGGUCGUUGGACAAAGCUAUGUUUCUAUGGAAUUUACCGUUGGACGAUGAAGGCGCGACGUCAAUUAGGAAAUCGAUGACGACAGACGAGACUUGGAAGUGGCAUUGUCCAAACUAUCGUCGUCGACAGACACACCCGACGAAUUCAUCUGUCCGAUAACACAGCAGAUCUUCAGAGAUCCCGUGAUAUGUUCAGGUAUACAGUCCAAGGUUUAACUCUAGUUCCCAGUUUCGUCUUUGAAGAAUUCGCAAAGGUACCUAUAUCAAGAAGAGAUUUGAAAAACGACCAUUCCAUUCAUUCUCUGUACUUGAUGAUUAACAGACUAAGCGGUAACAGUAACAGAAAGAAAAAAAUACAGUUGUUACUUCUAUUGGGCGUAGACCCAUAUAAAACCGUAUCAAAACUUUAGUUUAUAUAAUAAGUAUUUAAGUAAUGCGUAAAAAAAAAAAAUUGAUAUUAUUUUUUUCUGGAUAGACGGACAUACUUACGAUAGAUCGGCUAUGAUGUCAUGGUUUCGUCGAGGCAAAUUCAGUAGCCCAUUGACAAACGAACCGCUCGUGUCCAAGUC